CAUCAACGUCCUCUAACAUGGCAAUCACACGUUAGGUUGGCCACGUCUCGCGACGCGGGCCGUCUGCUCCUUUAGGCACCGGUAGCACGAUGGAGGGGCAAGAGUGGGGUUGAGAUGCGGCGCUUUGCCCGAAGUUCGGUGGGUGUCAUGACGUUGGAGCUCUGCAGCUACAAAGGUCAACCUGUUGACGCCGCUAAGCGCUCCUCGCCGCUGAAUUCACAAUCUCACCUUGGAUCUACUGGGAGACUACCAAACCGUUCAUCUACGCCAUGUCAUCACCAAAGACCGUCCGCUGGGGUAUCCUCGCUACUGGAGGCAUCGCCGUCACCUUCACCAAGGAUCUGCUUUGCGACCCUACCACACGUGGCGUCAAGCACCUGAAGCACACCGUCGUCGCUGCCGCUUCGUCGUCGUCGGAAUCGCGCGCCAAAGACUUCUUGAAGGAGGUGGGCGCACCCUCGGAAGCAAAGGCAUAUGGCUCCUACGAGGAGUUCGUAAAGAACCCAGACAUCGACAUCGUAUACAUUGCUACACCGCACUCGCACCACUACCAGAAUGCCAUGCUUUGCUUGGAGGCCGGCAAGAACGUGCUGUGCGAGAAGGCUUUCACGGUCAAUGCCGCCCAGGCGCGCAAGCUGGCUGAGGUCGCAAGGUCCAAGAACCUCUUCCUGAUGGAGGCUGUAUGGACGCGCUACUUCCCACUGUCCAUCUACGUCCGCGAGCAAAUCACGUCCGGUCGCAUCGGACCCAUCACACGCGUCAUUUCCGACAACAGCAUGGCGCUCGACCCCGAGAACAACUUCCCAGACGGCAAGAACCGCAUGGUGAACCCUGACCUGGCGGGUGGCGCCCUGCUCGACCUUGGUAUUUACGCCCUUACCUGGGUCUUCCAAACCAUCUACCAUACUCAGCCCGAGAACUCGCGCCAGCCGCCCAAGCUACAGGCUUUUGUCAAGACCUAUGAGCCUACUGGCAAGGCCGACGAGCACAGCACCAUGAUCCUCCAAUUCCCACGUUCGAAAGAUCAAGGUGGCGAGGUCCAUGCCGUAGCUACAACCUCGCUCCGCGUCGCAACAGCCCCAGGAGGAAACCAGGACCUACCUUUCGUCCGCAUCCAAGGACCCAAGGGUGAGAUUCAAGUCUUUGGACACUCUUUCCGACCCCUCUCCGUCAGGAUCAUCGAUUCAGAAGGCAAGGCUGAGUCGAAAGAGUUUCCCAUCCCAGGCCCAGGUAAGGGAAGCGGCUGGUACAAUGGCUUCGGUGGCUCACUGCAAUCAGAAGGCGAAGGUCAGGGCAUGUUCUGGGAAGCGGAUGAGGCUGCGGAUGCGAUUAUCAACGGCAGGAAAGAGGGCAGGUUCCUUGGCCUUGAUGAGAGUGUGUUAAUCAUGGAGGUCAUGGAUGAGGUGAGGAAGC